UAAUAGAAAGAACAUUUCAAACGCACCAAAAGGAUUACCGGGCCACAGUUAUCUUCAUAAAGAGACAUUUAGAAAUGCUCCCUAAAGACGCAAGAAAAUACUACGAAGCAAGUAGCGAGUCCAAACAGAAGGAAAAACUUGCAGAAGAAGGAGUCAGAAAAGAAUUAAUUCGAAACUUUUGAAGAUUGUAAGGGUGAUCUUAUUUCUUCUCAAAUUUGUGAUAUAUUUUUUAUCCUUAUCCUAACCUCUAAAUUCAUUAUGUACCGAGUUAAAUUUGUUGUUACGAUAACUGAAAAAUCAUGUUUUGGUUCUUGUUCAUUUUUAAGUUCUGUCGAUAGUGCUCAACCAACUAGCAUCUUGGAAGAGUUUUCGAGUGAAAAGAGUUCAGAUGAGGCAGAGGAGAGUGCCAAAAGUGACCAAACAGCGGAAGAACGCGACAGGCAAAACAGGAAGAAAACAAGAAUGCAAGAGGCGACAGAUUCCCUUCCAGAUGUGCUGAAAGCUGUAAAAGUAGCUGCAGAAGCCCAUUCAGAGGUUCUGAAAAAGUGGCAGUCAACAUUUGAUGACAACGAUGAUUAAAAGCUUAAACAAGUUAUAAAGAAAUAAAAGCCUGUGUUUUGUUGUGAAUGAUGAACAUCAAAUAAAUCCUAAAAGAAUUA